AUGUCGGUGCGUAACGCCACCAACGGCGUCACGACGAUCGUCACCCCGUCCGGUGCGCAAUACGCCGGCAACAUAAACGACAAACUCUUGCCGCCGCCCGUGCCCGUCACCUGCACGAUUGGGUCGUCCCCGCGCAUGAUCGACGGGAUCACCCGCUCCUGCUGGCCGCAGAACGCCGCCUGCGGGUCCCCCAUCAUCUGCCGCAACUGCCCGCCGGCGUUGACCAACUGCAACCGCGUGAACCGCCGCCGCCGCUGCCUCUCGAACUCCUCGUCCGCCGCCGUCGUCGUCGUCCGCCGCCGCUUGGUGGGUGCCCCGCCGCCCCGGUCCUCCGCCCCGAACCCCAACAACCGGUGCCACUGCCGGCUGACGGCCCGGAACCUGUCCCGUAACGCCGCCGUGCUGAACGGCCUGCAAAUCCAAUACGCUAUCCUCGACCCCGACAUCGUCGUCGUCGUUAUCGUCGUUGUCGUUGUUUCUGUCGUCUGCCCGCCCGAACGCCUCGUUCAAAUACCGGUUGGCGAUGGCGACGGCCAUGUGCCGCCACCCGCUGAUGUUGAUCUUGCUGCCGACUAA